AUGUCUCUCAAGGUACGAAGUCCUCCUUCAACGAAAGGAUACCUUGAGUUUCUGAAGGAAUCUGCGAAGUCAUCGUUCCUCGCCUGCGUGGUUGUCGUCGCUCUGUGCGACAAGGCCCCAGUCCACGCCCCUCAUCCCCCCGUCUACGCCCCUAGACCUUCCUACCACGCCCCUGCUCCUUACCACGCCCCUGAACCCGCCUACCACGCCCCCGACCCGCCUACCACGCCCCCGAACCCGCCUACCACGCCCCCGACCCCGCCUACCACGCCCCCGGACGUAACUCCAAAGUACAACUACAACUACGGCGUCGCCGACACCUACUCCGGCGCCAACUUCGCCGCCUCGGAGUCCCGCGACGGCUACAACACCGAGGGCACCUACACCGUCGACCUCCCCGACGGCCGCAAGCAGAUCGUCAACUACGUGGACAACGGCGACGGUUAUGUAGCUCAGGUCACCUACGAGGGCGAGGCUCAGUACCCCGAGUACAAGCCCACCUACAAGCCCGCUUCCCCUACCCCAGCGUAUGCUUAA